CCCUGUCAGCUUUGCGCUUUGGCUAUCAAGCAUGCGGGGCAAAGCUCAUGCUUACAACAUGGGUGAAGCAAGCGGCAGGUCGAAGAUAGGUUGCAGAUAGUGACUAUGGGCAACAUUGCAGGACAAUCAGACAAGAUUGAUCAAGAAGAGGCUGCAGAGCAGAAGGCUUUGGACAGAUGGCGACCUGAGCUUGCGCAGACAACAGUUAGCGUCAAGAAGCGCUUGCAGCACCAGAAUUCGCAAGAUGACCUGGCUGGAAGUCUGGGAGAAGGUGAUGACAUGUCUGUGGCCUCCUCUGUAAGCCAGAUGGAGGAGGAGCAGGAGGUGCUCGUUGCUGAAGAAGUUGGCGAAGACGAGCCCGAAGAGGACCAGAAGUCGCAACAAGAAGGAGCCUCGCAGAAGGGCGGCGGCUCUGACAGUGAGGAGGACAGCUUUGAUGCUGAAGCAGAGGCUGCGGCCAAGCGAGAAGAAGCACGCAAGAGGAAGAAAAUCAUAGUGCGCAUGGAAUUUGAGCCGCUGCUGUCCCUGCACGAGCCCUUGGGCACCACCUUGGAGGAGCCAGCGGAGCUCUUUUCGACGGCCAAGGGAGGGAAGAGGAAUAAGCGAAUGGAAGAGGCCGCUCUCGAAGAUGCGAAGGCGACGUACCGCGUCAAGUCCAAGGCUGCAGCAGCCUGGCUGGCGGAGAUGGGCUUGGAGGACUGUCUUCUGGCAGAGCUCUCCCAAGGCAUCGGCGAGGACCCUGAUGAGCUGCGAUUCACGCUGGAGCAGAGCAAGCGCUUCAUCGUGGACGACGAUCAUGUGGUUGAGAAGACGGUGGUACAGCGGGUCUUUGAUGUCAUGGAGAGUGACAUUGAGACCAUGACAGAGGUUCUGAACAAGCUGGGAGAUGCUACUGAGGCCGACGUGCGCAUGGCAGUGAGAGACUCGCUCGGAGAGUUCAAGAUCCGUGUGGCAAAUGACAUCGAGCUCAUUGAGCGGGUUGAUCCUGAGGAAGAGCAGAGAGCCAGACGAGAAGAAGAGAAGGUACAGAGGGCCAAAGAGAAGAUGGAGAAGAAGAAGGAGCAGCAAAAGCGAAGGAGAAAAAGAGGCAAAAACAAGGAGGAUGAUGUUGAAGUGGAAUCCGAUUCCUCAGAGGAGGAGAUCGGCGGCCAGGAUGCAGCAGAUAAGAAAGCCCUAGCCUUCCGCAGGCUGCAGGUUCAGAUCAAGAUCGAAGAGUUUCUGAAAUCCUACACUCGAGGCCAGAACCUCGUGAAGAUCAAUGCUAAAGGCAAGAGGUAUGCCCGGCGGGUCUAUGUUGACACUGCGAAGCGGGCUCUUGUGAUUCAAGGUGCCAAUGGACCCAAAUUCUUCCCGUUCGCCGCAAUGAAGGAGGUUGACCUGGAAACGCGGACUACCAAGGAAGGCCGUGUGGAGACGUUGGUGAUUUGCGCCAUCGAAAAGGACGGCCGCAUCGUAAAGGAGCUGACCUUGGCGUUCCCGGAUCAAGCAAAGGCAAGCACCUUUGUCAACUGCGUGACUCUCUUUUCACUGGCGCUUCGAAAGAGCCAGGAUUAAAGCGUUUGAUUGUCGAGACAUACGCACACCAUAGUUGAAGUAGGUCUUGAGUCAACGCCAGACGACUUAAGAUCAAGUUUCACCUGCAGCAAUCAAAGACUGCAUCAAGGCUCCAAGCAUUUGAGCCAAGUUAACGAACGGCUUCUCAGCCAAUCAAAAACAAAUUGGGAAUCCCGUGUCCGUGCAGCAGACGCAGUCUUGACAGCCACAGC